GACUGCCGCUGUCAACCCGACCCUGAGCGAUCAUGGCAACGGGCUCGGGCGGGGAGCGCGUGGCAGCGGCUGCAGCGGCGGCAGUUUGGUGGCGGGCUGGGGCGGCGGAGCGGCGGCGGCGGCGGCGGCACUGGCACUGGCCCCGGCCCUGAGCGCCAUGCAGCGGGGCAGCUCCGAGAGCGAGCUGGCGGCCCGGUGGGAGGCGGAGGCGGAGGCGGUGGCUGCGGCCAAAGCGGCGGCCAAAGCGGCGGCCGAAGCUGAGGCCGAGGCCACAGCGGAGACGGUGGCGGAACAGGUCCGCGUGGACGCGGGCGCGGCCGGGGAACCGAAGUGCAAGGCAGGAGAGGAGCAGCCCAAGGCCCCGGCCCCGGCGCAGCCCAGUGCGGCUGAGGAGGGGGACACCCAGGUCCUUCAGCGGCCGCCGCCCACGCUGCCCCCGUCCAAGCCGAAGCCGGUGCAGGGCCUCUGUCCGCACGGGAAGCCCCGGGGCAAGGGCCGAAGCUGCAAGCGGAGCUCGGGCCACGGUUCCGGCGAGAACGGCUCCCAGCGGCCUGUCACCGUGGACAGCUCCAAGGCCAGGACCUCCCUGGAUGCCCUGAAGAUCAGCAUCCGCCAGCUCAAGUGGAAGGAGUUCCCAUUUGGCCGGCGCUUGCCUUGUGACAUCUACUGGCACGGAGUUUCAUUUCACGACAAUGACAUAUUCUCCGGUCAAGUGAACAAGUUUCCAGGCAUGACGGAGAUGGUGCGUAAAAUUACUCUGAGCAGAGCAGUGAGAACCAUGCAGAAUCUCUUUCCUGAGGAGUACAACUUCUACCCUCGCUCAUGGAUUCUGCCUGACGAGUUCCAGCUCUUUGUUGCUCAGGUUCAAAUGGUGAAAGACGAUGACCCCUCCUGGAAGCCCACUUUUAUCGUGAAACCUGAUGGUGGUUGUCAGGGUGAUGGAAUCUACCUCAUUAAAGACCCCAGUGACAUCCGCCUGGCAGGGACCCUCCAGAGCAGGCCGGCGGUGGUCCAGGAGUACAUCUGCAAACCUCUCCUUAUCGACAAGCUCAAGUUUGAUAUUCGUCUGUAUGUCUUACUCAAGUCCUUAGACCCCUUAGAGAUUUAUAUAGCCAAAGACGGACUCUCUAGGUUUUGUACCGAGCCAUAUCAGGAGCCCACCCCCAAAAACCUGCACCACAUCUUUAUGCACUUAACAAACUAUUCACUGAACAUCCACAGCGGCAACUUCAUCCAUUCGGACAGUGCUAGCACCGGCAGCAAAAGGACUUUUUCCAGCAUCCUUUGUAGACUGUCUUCCAAAGGCGUUGACAUCAAGAAGGUCUGGUCUGACAUCAUCUCCCUGGUGAUUAAGACGGUCAUCGCGCUGACUCCAGAGCUCAAAGUCUUCUACCAGUCAGACAUCCCCACGGGGAGGCCGGGCCCCACGUGCUUCCAGAUUUUAGGCUUUGACAUUCUUCUAAUGAAAAAUCUGAAGCCUAUACUACUUGAAGUAAAUGCAAAUCCCAGUAUGAGAAUCGAACAUGAGCACGAACUUUCUCCAGGGGUGUUUGAAAAUGUUCCCAGCCUCGUUGAUGAAGAAGUGAAAGUGGCUGUGAUCAGAGACACUCUGCGCCUCAUGGACCCACUUAAGAAGAAAAGAGAGAACCAGUCUCAGCAGCUUGAAAAACCAUUCGCUGGAAAGGAAGAUGCUUUGGACGGCGAGCUGACCAGUGCUCCAGACUGCAACGCCAACCCCGAAGCCCACCUGCCUUCCAUUUGCCUCAAGCAGGUGUUCCCCAAGUACGCAAAACAGUUCAACUACCUGCGCCUGGUGGACAGGAUGGCAAAUUUGUUUAUCCGGUUUCUGGGCAUCAAGGGGACAAUGAAGUUGGGGCCAACAGGCUUUCGUACCUUCAUAAGGAGCUGCAAACUCAGCAGCAGCAGCCUGUCCAUGGCUGCCGUGGACAUCCUCUACAUUGACAUCACACGGAGGUGGAACUCCAUGACUCUGGACCAGCGGGACUCAGGGAUGUGUCUGCAGGCCUUCGUAGAAGCUUUCUUUUUCCUGGCUCAGAGGAAGUUCAAGAUGCUGCCACUUCAUGAGCAAGUGGCCUCACUGAUUGACCUUUGCGAGUACCACCUGUCCCUGCUGGAUGAAAAACGCCUGGUGUGUGGCCGGGGCGUCCCGUCAGGGGGCCGGCCCUCACAACGUGGCCCUCCCCAGGAGCCCUCCCCCUCGGCCCAGCCAGCAGGGGACAACACCCCACCCCGCACCACCUGCGCCAAUAAGCUCUCCCAUCCCAGACAUACCCUGUCCUGAGGGCCACUCUGUCCUCCUGGAAGACGGAAGACGAGAGGAGCUUUCAGGGCUGGAGCGCCCCACGCAUUCUGCCUGCAGAGGAAUGGCAGGCAGGCUGCCGAGGGGCCCAGCUGAGGUCCCCACGAACUGUCUCUGUGUGCGGCUGAGCUGUGCUUCACCAGGCUGGCUGGUUCUCACCUGCCUUCCUCCUCGCACCUCCUGGUGAUACACCCUGUUUUCGAGUCAUCAGUCAUCGGACAUAUGACAUCUAAAACGUGACAGAUGGCACCUUCUAUUCUGGGCUCACAGGAAGCACCAACUGGGACAAAUCUGUUGUAUUUGGGGCACAGGACACAAUGGAUCCCAAGGCCCGGAGCUGUGGAGAGGAAGCCGAGUGUUAGGAUCUGCUGCCGGGGCCUCCACGCGCCCACCGGGAAAAGCCUGAGAACAUCGUGUUUAUUUCCUGCCGCCCGUUCCGAGAGAAGGAAGUGGAAAUAUCAAGUAGGAGUCUGCGAAUCUCCCAUCCCAGUCACGUGCUACAUGGGUGUAGUGAACAGAUUAACCUCAUUUAGUUCAUUAGCUUGCCUGUUGCUGCAAUAUUUGGUUUGUUAUUAAUUAAGAAAUAAUUAAUUAAGAAGUAACUAAGACUCCUGGAGCCUCAGAGCUGGCAGGAGCCUCGGAGGUCGUUUUGUUUGAUUUUGUUUGACUGUGACCCCAAAGCAGGAAUCCCAUCUUUAGCCUCCCUGACCAGAUGGUCUGAGUGGACCCCUGCAUAGGUGGGGUGCUGGUCACGUGGCCAGCGUGUCCACAACAAGCACUGCCAGGGGUCCCUGCAUGCCCAGCACUGUGCUGGGAGCCCUGGGUGAGGGAAGGAAAUCAGACAUGGAUAAGAACCAGAGCAAGAGGAGUAGUGUAUGUCGGACCUGGUGCCAGAGUCAGGGGAGCUCACGCUGUCUUCCAUGAGACCUUUUCCUUGUCUCUAUCUGUAUCCCCAGGUAGUCCCCCUCUCAGAGGAAACGCCACACAGGCCACAGAAGGUGGCAUUUUGGAAACAGCCUUGGGCAUGCCAAGGUCCAGGGCCCAUUGAAGACAGGCAGGCAGGACCUGGCAAAGCCAAGCUCUCCAGAGUGUGGUUGGAUUUGGGGUUAAUGUGGCCCUUUCCUGGAGGAUCCCUUUAAAGGAUGCUGAGGACCCUGGGAAGAGUCAGCCAUCGUGCUGCAAGCGAGGUAGAGGAAAAUAUUUGAGGCACUAGUGCUGUGCCUGGUGUGGUGCACUGUAGGACUCAGAAAAUGCUCGUAGUGCGUGGCAAGGGAGGGUCCUGGGAGGCAGAGGUGCAUCCCAAACAAGCUCCUGCAGCUUUCUCCUCCUUCCUUCCAACCUCCUGUCCUGACUCCUGACCCAAACUGAUAAGAGCAGUUGACCUGGUUCAUAACAGGUACUCAAAAGCAUCUGUGGAAACAAGUUACUUGAAUCUGCCCUCCUCAGAGUAUUUUUAAACCCAAAGACAAGAUUGUUAAUCCGAGAUGUCUCCAAUUGUUGGCAAGCGAUUUCAGAGCAGGGGCUGCUCUGUUCAUCCUUGCCUGGAGCUCCUUCCUGCCAGGAGCUCACCCUCUCAAGGAGGAAAACCUGUUUCCCCUGCAGUGUGGCUGCCACGCAGCGCCCCUUCUCUGCUGCUAGCAGAGCCCAAAGGCCACUGCCCUUCCCCAGCUGAGAGGGGCCGUGGAACUGAGCCCUGCAGAGCCCACUCUGGGGUGUUCAGUGAAUGACAGCAGACUUUUGCAAUCACUUUAUUUUCCCAGGCAGAAGGCAGGACAGGUGGGAAGGUGGCACUGGCAGGAUGUGCCUCCUGAGGUGUGUCGAGCGUUCUCUACAUGGGGCGCUGUGGAGGUGUCAUCGGCUCAGUUCCCCAGGUAGUAGGGCAGGUCUGUAACGCAGCUCCCCUUUCAGAUGAGGAAAGGAAGGCCCAGGAGGCCAUGUAGUCAGGACUUGGUCCAGGUGUGUCUGUCUUUGGCUCCUUGUCCCUGGGUGAGCAUGAAUUCAGCUCCAAGUAAAGACCCUGCAGCUCUACCCCCCCCCCCCCCGGGUUGCCUGGGGUCCGUCAUGGUCUGGUGGCAUGGGACAAGGCAGUCAGGGCUCCUAAAUGGUCCAGCGUGAGAAACAAUGUUUGAAGCCCCCAUGCAGCUCUCCCAGUCCCCUUUGGCAGAACAAAUGGAUUUCCCAGAGAAAGACCAGAGUAAGCACGUCUGGGCACACUUGUCAUCAGCUGGGAGCCACCGGAAGUCUUAACAAAGCUCUCACGUGACACCAUUUCUUGAAGUUGGUCUUCAGAAAGUACUCGCUUGCCAAAGUGGAGUGCAAUGUUCAGGUCUAAAACCAACCAAGCACAUUGAAUAUUUUGAAAAAUAAAACCAAGAGGUUGAAUUCCA